AGACGUGCUCAUCACGGUUGGAGGCGUUGAAUUUACUAUGACACUUUAUAUACUUCCCUUGAUUGGCCUCGACUUGGUUCUCGGUGUUCAGUGGCUUAGUGGCUUGGGACCAACUGUUCGUGAUUGGAAGGCUCAAACCAUGGAGUUUCGCUGGGCUAAUAAGGUUCACAAGCUACACGGCUUACAACCUCAACUACAGGAAGCACGGUUACAUGAAGUGGAAAAAGAGGCACGUAACGGACAAACUCUAUUUGCUAUUCAGGUGGACCAUAACGCAACAACGGCAUCGGUUAUACCCGACGAUUUAAAGGCCCUAGUCCGUGAAUAUGACGAAUUAUUCAAGCAGCCAACACAGCUUCCUCCACAUCGAACAAUUGAGCAUCGCAUAGCCUUAAAGGAAGGAACGGAUCCGGUUAAUGUGCGCCCAUAUCGAUAUGCACACUUCCAGAAAAAUGAAAUUGAAAGGCAGGUUAGUGAGAUGUUACAAACGGGUAUAAUCCAGCCUAGUUCAAGCCCUUUUUCGUCUCCAGUACUUCUAGUUAAGAAAAAGGACGGUACGUGGCGUUUUUGUACCGACUAUCGUGCAUUGAAUUCGGUGACGAUAAAGGACCGGUUCCCUAUACCAACGGUCGAUGACAUGUUGGAUGAACUCCAUGGGGCAGCAUUCUUUACAAAAUUAGACUUAACGGCUGGAUACCAUCAAGUUCGUAUGCAUACGGAUGAUGUUCCAAAGACGGCUUUUCGCACACACAACGGUCACUAUGAAUAUUUGGUAAUGCCGUUUGGCCUGUGCAAUGCACCAUCAACAUUCCAAGCUCUCAUGAAUGACAUUUUCCGGCCUAUAUUGCGAAAAUUUGUUUUAGUCUUCUUUGACGACAUUCUCGUAUAUAGCCCGACUUGGGACUCUCACAAGUCGCACGUGGAGCAGGUUUUUUCUAUUCUCCGACAACAAAAACUGGCGGUCAAGCUUAAAAAAUGUGAGUUUGGGCAACGUGAGUUGGAGUACCUAGGCCAUAUAAUCUCGGAUGCUGGAGUCAAAGUGGAUAAAUCGAAGAUACAAGCAAUGUUAGAUUGGCCUACACCAACGACGAUUACGGAGUUACGUGGAUUUUUGGGCUUAACCGGUUAUUAUCGAAAGUUUGUACAAGACUACGGAAUCAUAGCCCGACCUUUGACCAACCUCUUGCGUAAGGGCUCCUUUGGCUGGGGACCAGAGGCGGAUAAAGCUUUCCUUAAGCUGAAAGACGCCAUGACAACAACGCCAACGUUAGCUUUGCUGGAUUUUACUAAAACUUUUGUCAUACAAACUGAUGCGUCCGGAGAUGGUAUUGGGGCGGUAUUGACUCAAGAUGACCAGCCAAUCGCAUUUAUGAGUCGCUCUUUGGGGGUUACAAAGAAGUCAUGGUCGACAUACGCACGAGAAAUGUUGGCUAUUGUGGUUGCUAUUCGGACGUGGAGGCCAUAUUUGAUUGGACGACACUUUAUUAUUCAAACAGAUCAGCGGAGCUUACGUUACCUCUUGGAACAACGGAUUUUGACCCCGGAGCAUCAUGACACGCCUAUGGGGGGGCAUUCCGGUGUGUUACGGACUUACAAACGUUUGGCUCGACUGUUUUACUGGCCAGCAAUGCACCGGGUCGUCAAACAGUACGUCGCUGAGUGUGAAAUUUGUCAACGCGCCAAGUCGACUUCUCUUGCACCGGCCGGGCUUCUCCAACCAUUACCUAUUCCGGAUCAAGUUUGGGAGGAUAUCUCCAUGGACUUUGUGGAUGGACUACCUCGUUCGAAUGGUCAUACAACAAUUAUGGUAGUGGUUGAUCGGUUGACAAAGUCAGCUCAUUUGGUUCCCUUGGCUCACCCCUAUACGGCUAAGGUCGUCGCAGCUAAAUUUGUUGAUUAUAUUGUCAAAUUACACGGUAUGCCCCGGUCAAUUGUCAGUGACCGCGAUCCCAUUUUUGUGAGCUUGUUUUGGAAAGAGUUUUGGAAAUUGGCAGGUACAAAGUUGCGGAUGUCUUCCGCCUAUCAUCCACAGACGGAUGGUCAAACAGAGGUGGUUAAUCGGUGUAUCGAGCAGUUUUUACGUUGUUUUGUUCAGAACCGCCAUACACAAUGGAGUUCUCUUCUUCCUUGGGCCGAGUUUUGGUAUAAUACUUCGUAUCAUUCGUCGACGGGUACUACUCCUUUCCAAGCUCUAUAUGGUCGGCCACCGCCUGCGAUUCCACAGUAUGACGUCGGUUCUUCGACGCUCGCAGAGAUCGAUGAGCAACUCGCUUCUCGCGAUGAGCUCCUUUCCGAGUUAAAACACCAGCUACAUAAGGCUAAUAACCGGAAUAAGCAGUUGGCCGAUGCAAAACGUCGAGAAGUUACUUUGGAAUGUGGCAGUUGGGUUUACCUUCGUCUCCAGCCGUAUCGGCAGCGGUCAGUGUUACGCCGGACGUCGCAAAAGCUUGCACAUAAAUAUUUUGGACCCUUUCAGGUCGAGGAACGGGUUGGUGAAGUGGCUUAUCGUCUCAAGUUACCUUCCGGGUCCCGAAUACAUCCAGUCUUUCAUGUUUCUCUACUUAAGCCGCAUGUGGGAACGACAAUGCCGGCGCCGGGAGCUCUUCCGCCGUUACGAGAGAGUGGCUAUUUGCACUUACAGCCGGAGCAAGUCUUACGUCGGCGAUCAGUUGCGACGGGGACCACAUCGCAUUCCGAGCUCUUAAUCAAAUGGAAAGGCCUUUCUCCGGAAGAUGCUACAUGGGAGGAGGAGAAGCAGGUUCACGCCAGCUUUCCGGAUUUCAUUUUGAACCUUGAGGACAAGGUUAUUGUUCGUGGGGAGGGUAUUGAUGGGCCUAUAUGUGGUAGUCGGCCCGUUCGAGAAAGAAGGCCUAAUCCGCGAUACAUGGAUUAA